GGAACAAACUUAAUCAGCAGAAGAAAGUUUUCAGCUCACAUUUGCAGUUCACUCUCCUGGAGUCUGUUUGCUGUCUGAAACUACAACACGUUUUCAGCAGUGAUGUCACAGAGACCGGCUCCUUCUCUUCUUCUGCUGUUUCUGCUCAUGAUUCCAGUGUGUGUUUCAGGUGUUUCUAGUGCUGAUUGGGGUGUGAGUUACAGUACUUCACACAUCUGUGCACUAAAGGACUCAUCAGUGAUAAUGAGCUGCACUUAUACAUACCCUACUGGACAUCAGAUCAUGAACGUGUUCUGGACCAAAACAAAAGAUAAAGAGGAAACAGAAGAGUUUCCAGAUCUGUCUGAGGACCCUGAAUACAGUCAGAGGCUUCAGUAUCUGGGAGAUGAACAGUGUGCCAUGAGACUGAGUCAUGUGACACUGAAGGAUUCACACGAGUACUAUUUCAGAUUCAUCACUGAUAAACCAGAUGGAAAAUGGAUUAGUAAAAAAGGAGUGACUCUUACUGUCACAGAUCUUCAGGUGGAGUCUCCUGAGAGAGUGACAGAGGGAGAUUCAGUCCGUCUGACAUGUAAAAGCAGCUGCACUCUGACUGACAGAGCAACAUUCAUCUGGUACAGAAACUCAGAGCCAUUAACUGAGAGAAGAGACAGAAACAAUGAACUCCUGCUGCAGUCAGUCAGAAGAGAGGAUGCAGGCAGAUAUAGCUGUGCUGUACACGGACACAAUCACAUCUCUCCUGCUGUUCAGCUCAAUGUCAUGUACCCUCCAAAGAGAGCCUCAGUGUCCAUCAGUCCAUCUGGUGAAAUAGUGUCAGGAGAUUCAGUGACUCUGAUCUGCAGCAGUGAUUCAAACCCUCCUGCAAAAAUCAGUUGGUUUAAAGGAGGAACGUUUGUAGGAUCUGGAAGAAUCUACAGCAUCUCAAAGAUCAGCUCUGAUGACAGUGGAGCAUACAAGUGCAGAUCCAUCAAUAGACAUGGAGAGAAAUACUCUGCUGCUGUGACUUUAAAUGUCAUGUACCCUCCCAGGAACGUCUCAGUCUCCAUCAUUCAGUCUGGUCAGAUUUGGGCAGGAGAUUCAGUGACUCUGAUCUGCAGCAGUGAUUCAAACCCUCCUGCUCUGAACUUCAGCUGGUUUAAGGAGAAUGAAAGCUCAGCUGUUGGAUCUGGACAGAGUUUCAGUGCACUACAGAGUGGACGCUUCUACUGUCAGGCUCACAAUCAACAUGGAUCUCAGAGAUCAGACGCUGUAACUGUCACAGUGCAUCAUGGUCUUGGUUGGCAUGUCUGGUUGGGGAUCACAGUGGCAUGUUUAGGAUUCUUCAUCAUCAUCAUCAUCAUCAUCAUUCUGUUUAUAAUGAGAAAACGAAAAGGUGCUGAAGUUGAAGACCUCACAGUGAAACCGGACAAUCUGUACUCUAACGUAACAGGGAGAGACGUUCAUGUUUCUGAAUCAGCUGAUUGUGAUGAUGCUCAGUACGCCACUGUUACUUCCAGCAAACCCAGAAGAGACAGAAACGCUCCUGAUCGCAGAGAUACUGAGGAGAUCCAGUACGCAACUGUACAACAUCCCAAAAACAAACAGACCAAGAGAUCAGAGGAGAACGAAAGCCAGUACGGCAAUAUCAGGAUUCACCAGCCUGAAUCUGCUGUGAGGCGAUCAAAUGUUGAAACUGUGGACGACGCUUCUGUGAUCUACAGCCAUGUCAAAUGAGUAACAGAGACCAUCAUGAAGACAAAGGCCUAAACAAAUUAUAAUUAAAGUUUUGAAAGUAGGGCUGUCAAUUCAGCAUGCACAGUUAUUUAUUAUUCAAUAAAUCAGGUAAAUAUAUGGCAGGAACACAGUGUCUGUAAUCUUUUUUCAUAUUACAAGAGCAGAAUACAAAUGAAAGAGCAAAGAACCCAUGACAUGGUGUUUGGUGAGACUAAAAAACUUGAUUUGAACUUUUGACUUCAGAUGUUUUCUGUGAGCAAAUAAAAAGCCCAUAUCCGUUUGACCAAAUUCGAGCUUGUGUGUCGUCAUGUCUAAGUCGUUGUAGACCUAUAAAAUAAUGUGUGAUGGCUCUGUAUAUGUGCAACAGUGGAUAAAAUAAAUUUGAUGUACACCUCA